UUCUUUUUGAUUGUUGAAUUAAUUUUCUAUUAAAUUAAAUUGUUGGUGUUAAUUAUGUUGUUUAGCUGUUGAUUGGAAUUUUUUUUCUCUUUGGAUUAUAUUCUAUUUGGAUUGAGAAUUAAUUGGAUUGAUUGAUUUUCGUUGUUUCAAUGUUAACUUUUAAAGGUUUUUUCUUAUCAACAGUUGGUUUGUUUUGGAUUCUUUUGGUUGGUUUGUCUAGUGUUUCUUCAUCUGAGUAUGAAUCAAUUCCUUUGAUAAUUGAUGAAGAAGAUGAUUAUCGUGGUUACCUUGAUCAUCCACCUCGUGAUGUUUCCCUUUGGUUAGAUGAGAAUCAAGUUAGAGAACUUGCCAAUGUAUCAAGUCAACUUUAUGCCAUAAGAGAAGGUAAAUUGUUACCUUACCUAUUGGAACCUAAUUUUCAAACUUACCUGCCCAAUAUUCCUGCUGAAGUGAUUUCAAUUAACUUUACAUGGACUUCAGGAGCUGGUAAAAUGUAUCAAUACGAGUUUGAAGAAUUGAAAUCAUUUAAUCGGUCAAUUCUAUUUGAUCCAAUUAUCUCAAUCAACCGGGAAGGAUUUAUACCCAAUGAUCCAAGUAUUUUUCGUGUUACCAUUUUAUGUUCAGGAUCAAUACCUGGUGUCUCAUCUUUUGCCAUCACUUUGGCAAUAAAAGAUGGUGAGAAUAACAAGAAUUUGGAAGGUACACCGAUUAGAAUGAAGCUAAGAAAACACUGUCAAGGAAAACAAUCAAAUGACAUCAAUUGUCAUACCAAAUGUCACAAUGGUGGCUGGUGUAAUUUAGAUUCUAAUUGUGAAUGUCGUCGAGGUUAUUCUGGAACCUUUUGUGAGACACCUUUGUGUUUCCCACCCUGUCUUAAUGGUGGUAAUUGUAUAGCACCAGGAAUAUGUAAUUGUAUCAAUGGAUAUCAAGGUCAACGCUGUGAGGGUGGAAUUUGUUGGGAACGAUGUCUCAAUGGUGGAAAAUGUGAUCAAAAGGAUACGUGUACCUGUUCCCGUGGUUAUUAUGGUCCUCGGUGUGAAUAUUCAAAGUGUUUAAUUCCCUGUUUAAAUGGAGGUCGUUGUAUUGGAGUUGACAAAUGUCGAUGUCGAAAAGGAUUCACUGGUUUACAAUGUGAAAUAAGCUUGACCGGUCAACGUGACCCAUUAACAAGCUCACGAAGAAGAAAAAAACCAGUCAAGAGGAAAUUUGUUUAAUCCAUUUGAUUGAUUUUAAUUUUAUCAACAAAUUUAUCAAACAAUUUAAACUCGUAAUUGUUGUUCAUUCACCGAUAUACAUAUGACAACUUUUCAAAUGAA